AUGAAGCCUGCCUGGGCUACGGCCGUGGAGCAGGCAUUGAAGAAAGAUGCUCCGGCAUUGGAGAGAUGGACGGAGAUCGAAACUAUCCUGCAGGAGAGCAGGAAGUGCUACAGGCAGGUGCUGCGGCCGGGUCAAGUCCUGGUGCACCCGUCGAAUCGCUCAGGGUUAGGAUUGAAUGGAGCCCAAGUUCACAAGACAGGGGCCCAAGUGCAAUCUGUAGGCUUCAGCUCCAUGGAGCUGAAGCGAAGUGUUUGCAUGGAAAUAUCCACGGAUAGAGCUCUGAGCCAAAAGGCCUUUAGUUUCAACAAGCGGCAAGUGGAUAUGAAUGGAGGGCUGCUAGCUGAGGUGCGAGGCGAUGAGCGAUACAUGUCGUUAGCAUGCAGUCACUUUACGGCAUUUUGCCGUGCCUGCAUUGCAGCAUGUCCCUCGGACCAAGAGACGGUGUCGGACAACGGCAAGCUCACGUUGCAGCGAUUGUCUACGGACUUUCGGCAGGCCGUGGAUAAUGGCGAGCUGGAGCUCGCCAUGGCGAUGGUGACCCGAGCAAAGUUGCUGGCAGAGCAAGGUUUGUGCAUCGACUGGGAUGCUUGCAGCCACGGAGGAACCGAAGCACCUCUGCUGAAGUUUUUGCACGACUUUUCCUUGAAAUAUGGGGCAAGCAAAAGAUUGGGAGAGGAAUUCAUGUCCACGGUCGCCGGCCUCCGGUUUGCAGGGCAGGAGCGAUCGCAUGCUUUCGCAAGGGCUGCGAUGAUCGCGACGAACCUGACAGCCACAAAAGUGGUAGACGGUGUGGCUCGGCUGCUGAGCAAGAGCGAUGUCAGCAGGCUCUGUGCGAAAGGCAUGGAAGAUGCUGUAAAGGAUUGGGAGGAGCUUCUUGCUCGUGCCUGGGCUCACACUCAGAAUGUGACGGAUGCAAGUGCACGUGCCAAGGCAGUUGAGUGCUUCGGUCGCCUGAUGGUUCGCAGCACCCUCUUCAUGUGCAAGAAAGAGAAGUCGGGGCAAGAAGGCCUUGAGCACGGGUCAUUGGCCAAUUUGCUGACUUUGUACGAACACGAGAUGGGUGGCAAGAGUGCCGGUGCAACACCGGCUGCUGCUACAAAAGAUGGGCCGUCUGAUGCGGCCCCUGCGACCUUGGAGAACAUGCAGGACCCGGCCUUCCUGAUGAAGCUGCAAGGCUUCGCAGAGGGGAACCUGUACAAAGGCAAGCAGAAGUAUCAGGACAUCUGGCCUUGGAAGCUGGAGAAAAUCGGCCAGAGCCACGGCUCUUUCUCGCUGUCUUGCCCAGUGAGCUGGGACAAGAAGGUCGAGGUGCCUCUGAGCGAGCUCAAGAAAUUUUUCGAUCUGUAUAGCGGAGAUGCACCCGAAGUGGUGUCUGACUCUGUGGACCGACUGCCCCAUAAUACGGAGGCUUGCAGCCAAGAGAGACUCCGAGGAGAGUUCUUCGAGCUCUGCUGCGAGUAUUUCCUGAAGUACUCGCACUGUGAAGAGGAGUUGACCUUUUUGAAGAAUCCCACGUGCUGUCUGUUGGAGGGCAAAGCCAAGACAGGCAAGCUGACGAUCUUCCCCUUCACGGAUCAGAUUUCAAAGGUUGGCUUAAAGCCGGCAGCUGGCAGUGUGGAGGUUUGGCAUUCGGCCUCGGGCACAAGCUUGUAUAUUUCACCCCCGGCUGCAGCCGGAAGUUUGCUAUCUGCCUUCUGGCAGAUCCCGGUCGGCUCAGAGCCGAAUCUGGCGACAGUCCUUCUGAACGAGAAGGGCUGGAAGAUUCCCAUUUUGAAGAACACUGCUUCGCUGAAGGAGUGCAUCCUGUACAGGCCGAAGCCUGCCGAAAGUUUGAGGGCCUCGGCCCAAGAGCUGGAUCAAGGAUCCGCUGCCUCGCGAAAGCGAAAGGCUUCUUGA